AAGUUCCCCACAACUCUCUGGGACUGCAGCAGGCACACAAGCAUAGUUUGGGAGCCCUCACAGCUAUUUUUAAGCCUGGCAACAGCACAAUGUUUAGCUGCAACCCGACGCUGUGUGCCUAGUCACGCUGCAUUUGAGUUAGAGUUGAACUGCCCCUGACAAAACCACAAAACAUCAAGCAGGCAUGUCCGCACAAGGGCUCGUGCCCUCCGUUGUGCCCGACCUGGACUCUUGCACGUGCAGAGACUGGAUGAUACACGGACAACAAAAAGACACAUUAGAAAAGAUGCCAGACCGGACUCCAGCAGGAGGUGUCGAGGAUGAAUCCGAUGAAUCGGAGGAACCCGAGCUUCCACCAGCAGUCAUACGGAGGAAGGUAUCAUUCGCCGAUGCCUUCGGCCUGGACUUGGUCUCCGUGAAGGAGUACGACAACAGAGAUUCAUCAGGUCCGAGUAAUUUGGCGAGAUUGCUGGGAGCGGAGGGCAAAGUUGUUGAAGAGUAUUACCUGUCCUGUCCCUUCACCUGCCCAGCUUCUGACCAGGAGCUGCGAAUGAGACUUCAGGACCAGAAGCUGGAGCUGGAGAGCAUCGAACUGCUCCCCGGAUCCACCACCAUCCGGGGAAUCGUCCGUGUUCUUAACCUUUGUUUCCAUAAGGCCGUCUAUGUCCACACCACACUGGACGGUUGGCAGAGCCAUUUCGACCUGCUUGCGGAGUACGUGCCCGGUUCCAGCGACGGAGAAACGGAUCGUUUUUCUUUCCGGCUCAUGUUGACACCUCCUUUCGAGGCCGAAGGGACGCGGGUAGAGUUCUGCCUAAGGUACGAAAGCCAGGCUGGGACCUUUUGGGCCAACAACAGAGGGACGAACUACAUUGUGUUCUGCCAUCAAAGAUGGAGGACUGAAAUGAAAGAAAACGAGAAAGAGAGAGAAAGGGAGAAGUUAAUAGAGGAGAAUAACAACAAAGGCAUCAGGAGCUGUCUAAAAACAAACAGUAAAGUCAUCUGUACAGAGACGACACCCACAGAGAUGAGUAGGGAGAUCUCAGAACAAGUUGCUCCGUGGACCACACGUACCAAGGAAAGCACAGCUGAGAAAAUACCAGAAAUUGCUUCCCCCAAAUCCCUUAAGGACUUUUGCACACCUCUGGUGGAUCGUCGCAGGAAACGCAGAACUGCGCGUUUGGUCCACAUGCAGGACUGUUUCUCUCAAAAACAGACGGAACCUAAGCUAGUCAAUUUUUCUCACACAAUUGAAGGUACUAGAGAUUGGUCCACCCCAAAGCUGAAUAUACCUAACAUAGAAGAUGUGCCGAUUGUCCAAAGCAGACACAAUAUGGACACGCCACCAAUACUAACGUUCCACCAGAUCCCUUUACUUUCUUUGGACUGGGGUGAUAAAACGACAUCACCUGCCUAUGCAAAACCUCAUGAUGUCUGCGAUGAAACAAACCGGGAGAACCAUCUGGAUGAAGAUCACACCACAUCGGCUUGUCAGGCCUGGGAGGCUUUUCUGAGCAGUGAUGAUACGAAACGCGCUGACAGAGAUACGCAGGACCAAGAGAGCAUUCUUUGCUUGGUUAGAGAAACGCAUCAAUCCUUGAACACUUGCAAAAGAUCUGUUGACUCAAGUGCCUGGGAAAUACUACAAUCUUCCCCUACUGAGACAUCAAAAGACUGGGGCUUUGGUCCUUUUAAAGAUUACCAACAUCGAGAAGAGUCGAGGUUCAUAACAAGUGCUUCUUGUGAAUCAGAGCCAGAGAAGGAGGAGGGAGUGUUCGAGGAGUUCGGUGACCACCAAACCCAUAAAUACAUAAGCUGCGACAUCACCCUGCCGCAGGAGGAAGCUCAAAGCGCACAUGACCUAAAGACUCCCAAAGGCGUAGAUGGAAUCUCACCUGAGGUAUUCAUGGGCCAUCCUGACACCUCAAACACGCCAGCAAAGGUUAAAGAAAACACACGCAGGGCGGUCAACGACACCCUGACAUUUACAAGGAUCAGAGACGAGCCGUUCACAGAUAGACAGACAGAGGGAUCUUCUGAAAAGCUAGAUCUAAAUAAAGCCAGCAAGCUUGAUAGCGGUGAACAGGUGGAAAGUGAGUUUUAUAGAGGGCUACGAGGAGAAGAAAUGGAAAGCGUUCAAAAAGAAACACAGAAUUGCUUGUGGUGUGAAAGUCUGGGGUUUAAAGAGAGCAAUUUAUGUACGCUGAACAUAAAUGUUAACAAUUCAGAGCCACAAAAAGAUGAAGAGAAGCAUUUUGAGCCCAUACAUGAACCCCAGCGCAUGGACGUUGAAGAUGAACUCCCCACAUUACCUAAAAUUCACCUGUCCUGGGUGGGCAGUGCAUCCAGCAUGGGCAGCAGCAGCAGGUUAUUGUCAUGGUGGAGGGACUUCUGGUCUCUGGGUAAUGUGACCAGAGCUCUCGUCUGUUCAGUCAUUCUGUUUGUGAUCUUUGUAACUGCUUAUCUAUGCGAUCUACCAACAUGCUUGGCCCUCUACCUGUUCUCGCUGUGCUGGUGGUGCAGUCAGGGCAUGAAACAACGUCUGGAUUCGGCAAUUGAUGUGGACUGACGCAGAUGGGAAGAAGCGAUUCUUCUAAGGGCCCAACAUCACUUUUAAAAUUCAAUUCAGAAGGCAUUUUUUCUUUUCAUGUGUGCACAAAUAAAAUUCAUUAGCUUAAAAUGACAUUUGAAGUAGUCUUUCACUAUAACAUUGAUAUUAAACUAUAAGGGUGCAUUCACACUGCAUGUAUGAAGGGAAUCAAUUCAGAUUUUUUUCUUUCAUGUGGCACAAAUCGGAUUUGACCCAGGAAUGGGUAAACGGUUGUGGCUUAAAGGGAUCUUGUGAAAUCUUGCCGGUUGAGUGCUGUUUUCAUCCUAUUCCAACCCCUAAACCUAUUCCUGAACCCAACAUCUUGCGCGAUUUGACCGUAGCUGUAUCCCCUCUAUCCAGAACCCGUGUAAGCAGGAAAAAGCACAUAUUCUCUGAUCUGUUUCAGGCCUCAUUCAUAUGUGGAAAUAAAUCGGAUAUAAAUUGGAUACAUGUAUACAUGUAAGUGGACAGAAUGGAUAUUCCCAUCAAACAACGUUUGCAAAUGACAACAACUCAGGUGGACACCACCCGCAAUCACAUGACUAGCGAUAGAGAGCGAUGGCUCCACUUAGUGGAGUUAUGCCACAUUAUCUCAUGGCAAUUCAUGCGUAUUUUACGAGGUUACUAAUUUGUAUGAAUUCGUACACAUUUGUACAUUUUUGUACAAUUUGCUUUCGCCCCUUUGACUUUGGCUUUAUAUGAUUCACUUGUAAAAGACAUACAAAUUUUCAUAAGAUCAGGGUGUAAUGCUGAAGUUUCAUGUCUUGUUUUGAUCAAAAUCUUGUACUUAAACAUUGUAUAAUCAUUUCAUCUUUGUCCAUUGCAUUCGAAACAUUUUACUUCCUUAGUGGUUUAAGUUGUUUCAGGUCAAUAUGUCUACAUUGAGUUAUUUUGCCAGGUGUUCAUUGUAAAUGCAGAUUUGGAUACUUCAAAAAGAUGACCUAGCGGGUUGUAAAAAAAAAAAUAUUGAUACAGUCAACAAAUCGGAGUUGGCCAUCCAGAUCUGCAGUGUAAAUCCAGCCUAACUGUUUUGACCUGUUUGAAGUCUCAGAUAGUGGAAAAAUUUGAAACCACUUUUAAAACACAACUUUUGUAGCUAUACAGUGCAAAUGUCCACCCACUUUGUUGUUUUUGCAAAGUUUUACUGACCAUUGAUAUUUAUUUUUUGCUCAAUUAUUGAAAAUAUAGGAAAUAUGUACACACACAAAAACAAUAUUUAGUGUGAUGUGUGAUGUCUUGGCACUAAAUACAUCUUGAACUCUUUUAAAGAAACUGAAGUACAAAAGUCAUUAGACUACAAUUAUUAGGGUUUUACAAAUAAUAUAACUUGUGUGAAAUGUUUGUGUGUAAUGUAACGAGAUGUGAAGAAACUGGUACUAUAUGUAGCCUGCAAGGACACACAGAUCAUUUCAUGUCUCUUAGGGUCAUCUGUGAUGGACAUGACAUUUCCUACAAAUCCCGUCAUGUGCCCGUCCCUAAAGAGAGAGAGAGAGAGAGAGAGAGAGAGAGAGAGAGAGAGAGAGAGAGAGAGAUAAAAGACAGUU